CUACCGGAAAAGCCUCCGCCGCCACCUCGAGUGUACGAUCUAUACUCAUGGGAAGUCAAAGCUCCGCAGACACGUCUUGUAUACAUUCGCGACUCGCAUACGGUAGAUCAGGAGAUGGCUCGAUUCAAACCGGGGCCGUGUGGAUUUGACCUAGAGUGGAAGCCGUGCUAUCGCAAGGGCCAGAAAGAAAAUCCUGUCGCAUUGGUGCAGUUAGCAAACGAGGAGACUGUGCUUCUAAUACACAUCACGGCCAUCCGACUAUUCCCCCCGAGUUUGCUGCAAGUACUCUGGGACCCUGCGUAUAUCAAGUGUGGCGUUGGUAUACAAGGUGACUGUAAGAAGCUCUGGAACGACUACCAAGUCAACACACGCAAUUGUGUAGACUUAGCACUUCUCGCUCGCACCGUCGACAAUGCUCGAUGGAAGGGAAAAUAUAGCCAGCCUAUCGGCCUUGCUCGACUGUGCGAGACGUACGAAGAGCUCAGUCUAACGAAGGGCAAGAUUACGCGAAGCAAUUGGGAGGCUGUAUUAAGCGAAGCUCAGGUGCAGUAUGCCGCGAACGACUGCCACUCCGGGCUCACGAUAUUCAAGCGGCUGUUCCCCAUGACACUAACCAUGAAUCCCCUACCCCUCCCGUCGUUCUACUCGUUUGACCUCUACAAAGGUCUCACGUAUGUGCCAUCGAUUGACGACCCACACACGUUAUGGCGACCAUAUAACCCUUUCUACGAUGCUGGUCCGCCUCCUGAGCCCAAGCCACCGAAGGAAAAGAAA